AUGGUAGUAUUAGCCCACAAAGCUCAGACCCGCGAGUUCAAAGCCAACAAUUCUUCAGCAGCAACAACAGCAACAUCAGCAUCAUCACAACAACAAAUAAUUCAACAGCUACAGCUAGUUCAAAGGCAGUACGUUUUUCAUCAAGGUAUGGGUAUGCAGCCAUUAUUGAUUGCUCAAGGACAAGGAUUUAAUUCACGAGAUGUAAUGAGCCCUUGGCAAAAAAUUAAUGAUCAGCAACAUGUGAUUAACAAUAAACCACCUACUCAAAUUAAUGAAAAUAAUUCAGGACUGCUCAGUAUACAAAGUUCGAUCACGGAAGAAAAGUUUGGUAGAGCUGUGACUCCAGCAAGAAAUCAUCAUCUGCUUUAUGUACAUGGAGUUUGUAAAUGGUCUGGCUGUGAGACUAGUUGUGACGAUAUACAGGCAUUUAUCAAGCAUUUAAAUACAGAACACACCUUAGAUGACAGGUCUACCGCGCAGGCCCGUCUGCAAAUGCAAGAUGUAUCUCAAUUAGAGCUUCACUUACAAAAAGAAAGAGAUCGAUUGCAAGCGAUGAUGCAUCAUCCAAACUUAUCCAAACAGCUAGGUUCUCCCGAUCCUCAUAAAGAAUCUAUGGGACAGGUGCCACCAAAAAUGCCAGUUAGUUCGGCGGUACCACCUCCUCCUGUAAAUAUGAGUCCCAUGGUAUAUCUGCGGUACGAUCGCCGGUAUUACAUUCGCCGGCUCAGAAUGUAA